AUGGCCGACUACCACCGCACCUACCAUCGCGACCUCCGCCCCCGCCGUCCUUGGCGACCGUCGGAUCGAGAUCUACACGACGGCGCCUCCGCCUCUCCCACCAACUCCGCGCCUCCGCAAGACAGCGUCCAGUGGGCUGAGGCCGCCUCCUUGGCCGCCCUCCGCCAGUACUGUGCCCUCCCCAAGAAGGGCAAGCCACAGGGGCGUGAGUCCACUGUCCUCACCGCCUUCCUGCUCUCCUCCCCGGAAAACCCACUCAACCCCACCAUCCUCUCCCUCGCCACCGGCACCAAAUGCCUCGGUGCAGCACGCCUCGGACCUCACGGUGACCUCGUCCAUGACGCCCAUGCCGAGGUCAUCACCUGUCGCGCGCUCCUCCGCCUCAUCUAUGCCGAGAUCGGUACGGACAACCCACCAAGUUGGCUGGUCGCCUCUGGCACUGAUGGGCGGUGGAGGCUUAAGGACGGGCAUCAGCUGCAUCUCUACAUCACCCAGAUCCCGUGUGGGGUCAUGUCGGUGCCACCGUCACCCUUGGAGGUUCGAAGGGAACAACUGGAUACCAUAGUUAAUGGAUGCAAUGAUGUUGGGUUCGUUCAGAGGAAGCCGGGGCGUGGUGAUACAACAUUGUCAGUGAAGUCGUCGCUGCGAAGGGGCCUCCGCUGGUUCAAGGGCAAGUGCUCCGGUAUCUUCCACGGCUGGCACCACCACAAUCCAUGUGAGGGGGGCAACGACCUCGACUUCAUGAUAAUAAAUAUGCUCAAUGCAUUCAUUGUUGAUAAAACUACAAGCACUGGAACAUAG